AUGGUGCGGAGCCAGAGCGAGGAGUACUUGAUGCUGCGCGUGGUGAACGCGCUGCAGGCGACGCUGAGCGGCGUGCAGCUGACAGGCUUGCAGAUCAACUGGGAGGAGGUGUCGAUCGACCAGAAGGUGGGCGCCGGGGGCUUCGCGGUGGUGUACCACGGAAUGUACCGCGGGUGCGAAGUGGCGGUGAAGAAGCUGCGGGUGAACCGGAUGUCGUCGAAGUCGAUUCGCGAUUUUUCGUCGGAAGUGAUGCUGCUGCGAACGCUGCGGCACCCGAACAUCGUGAUUUUCAUGGGGAUCGUGAUGAAUCCGGUGUGUUUGGUCACCGAAUACUGCCACAACGGGAAUCUGUUCGAUCUGCUGCACGAGACGGUCGACGACAAGCGCGGGGAACACUACGCGGUGCAGAUUCCGUGGCAGCGGCGCAUUCGAAUCGCGCUGGACGUGGCGCGCGGAAUGAACUUCCUUCACACCUCCACGCCGGUGAUCAUUCAUCGCGACUUGAAGUCGCUCAACAUCCUCAUCAACGAGAAGUGGACCGCCAAAGUCAGCGAUUUCGGGCUGUCGCGGUUUAAAGCGGCGGAUACGGCGCACGAUUUAAUGACCGGGCAGUGCGGAACGUUUCAGUGGAUGGCGCCCGAGGUCAUGGACGGGCACAACUACACGGAGAAGGCCGAUGUGUACUCGUAUGGGAUCAAUCUGUGGGAACUGCUCACGCGGAAGAUCCCGUACGAUGGCAUGCAGCCGAUGCAGGUCGCGAUGAUGGUGCAUACACAUAAGAAGCGAUUGCCAAUUCCUGAAACGUGUCCUGAGUGGUAUGCGAUGUUGAUUCGGGAUUGUUGGGAUCCGGAUCCGGAAGCAAGGCCUUCGUUUGCAGAGAUCAUUAAGAGGUUGAAGAGAGGAGGACCCGCUCCUACUGUGCUAAACUAAUGUAGAAUAUGUGGC